UUCGCAUAUAUCAAAUGAAUUCAAAGCGAAAGAAGUCAGGCAGUGUGUCGAAGCUGAUCGCCUCUGUUGAACAAGGCAGGAGCCAUCUUUUGUGCACCAGGAAUAAACUGCCCAUCGAAGAAUUCAAACGGAACCAUAUUGAUGCUCUGAACCAUAUCCUCAUUCGUAUUGCUUUGCUCACUCAGUCGAAAUGGCGGGGCCUUCCGGUGUACUAUUUCGCACCAUCUCUUUAGGUCGGAAAAAUAUUGCAAAUGAGAACAGUUUAGUCAGGAGUCAUCAAAAAUUUGGCGCGUGUCUGUUAGGUUUGUGUGGUGAAGAUAGAUUCUUUAUCAUCAGCUCAUCUCCAAGUUAUUGCGAGUAAAGAGUUUUAAAAAAAUAUAAGAUUUCUUUGAGAUGUUAAGAGUAUUUCGCUUGAUAAGCCUACAAGUGUGUCUUAUUAUCCUCAGCAACCAAUUCAUAACAACUGAAGGUAAAAAAAUAAAGCAAUUUGUAAAGAAAGGGCAUAGGCGACAGAGUGCUCCAAUUGAUAUUGGCGAAUACUCAGGGGACUUCGACAACAAUAGAAGACAAGGCAGGCCAAAUCCGAAUGGAGAUGUAUACGAGUUCCACAGAUUUCAGCAUUACGGGUAUAAAACGCCUGCACCCACCUCCUUCAGUCUGGAAAGCAUGCUAGCGUUGCUUGCACCCCUAGCUACCAUACCAAUCAUUGCAAGUGCUGCUCUCAGCAGUAUGGCCGCAAUUCUACCAACUUUAACAACCGAAGGAAUGAUAACUGGCAGGAGUCGGAGAGAAGCUGUUGAUGACAUCCUGAUGGGAGCUUCAAGUAACUUCAGCUCGUCAUUUAAAACAUCCCCUACCCAGGAAGACAGCAAUAUUCGCCUCAAACGAGACGCUCGAGAUCUGGAUAUUAUCCACAAGUACCUGAAGCAGAUGAAUCCCAAGCAAGACUACAACGAUGAGGUCAUGGCAUCGUAUUUGCAGUGCAGCGGAAUGCUGAGCGAAAAUAAUCACUGCUUAGAAAGAUUGGUCUGUCAGUUUUCAGAUCAGUCAGCUCGGAUGGCUUCUUUAGAAAAGGAUGUGUCUUCACUGAUAAUUUAUACCAUUUUUAAUAACAGAUACAUCAAAAGUGACUUUAAAGAAAGACUGAGAAAGGCGGCCUUUUUUGGAAGAGACAAAGGGCGGUGUUCAUUGUUUUCAUGUUCCAGAAACCAUUAUACAACUAUUUGAAA